AUCUCUAGUAUGCAAAGUGACAUUUCAAGUGACACAACAUUAAAUUGAAUAAUUUUUGAUUUUAACUCCAAAUAUUUAUCAAAAUGGUCGUGAAUUUCAAAGUUUUUAAGAAGUGUUCGCCAAAUGGAAAAAUUAAUUUGUAUAUGGGAAAACGUGAUUUUGUUGAUCAUAUUUCUGCAGUUGAACCUGUAGAAGGUAUUAUAGUGAUUGACGAAGAAUACGUUCGAGAACGACGUAAGAUCUUUGGUCAAAUUGUCUGCAGUUUCCGUUAUGGUCGGGAAGAAGAUGAAGUCAUGGGCUUGAACUUCCAAAAAGAACUUUUCCUAGCGUCCGAGCAAAUUUUCCCUUCGACUGGAAAAUCAGAGAAGCAAUUGUCGAAGGUUCAAGACAGAUUACUCAAGAAACUUGGCGAAAAUGCUUUCCCUUUCACUUUUAAUAUUCCACCAUCAGCUCCAGCUUCAAUAACUUUGCAGCAAGCAAAAGAUGAAACAGGUGAACCAUGCGGUGUGCAAUAUUAUGUGAAAAUCUUUGCUGGUGAGUCCGAAACUGAUCGUACUCAUCGUCGUUCAACAGUUUCUUUGGGAAUAAGAAAAGUUCAAUAUGCGCCAUCAAAACAAGGCAAUCAACCAUGUACAGUCGUUCGUAAAGAUUUCAUGUUGUCACCUGGUGAAUUGGAAAUGGAGGUGACAUUAGAUAAGCAGCUUUAUCAACAUGAUGAAAAGAUCGCUAUCAAUUUGUGCAUCAGAAAUCAUUCAAAUAAGACAGUGAAAAAAAUUAAAGCAAUGGUUCAACAAGGAGUUGAUGUCGUGUUGUUUCAAAAUGGGCAAUAUCGUAAUACAAUUUCAUCAAUGGAAACCGAAGAAGGUUGCCCACUUCAACCAGGCAGUUCUUUACAGAAAGUCAUUUACUUAAUGCCAUCAUUAAAUUCUGUGGCUCAAAAGCGUGGAAUUGCCUUAGAUGGUCAAUUGAAGCAUCAGAAUACGAACUUAGCUUCAACUACUUUGUUAGCGUCACCUGAUCAGAGAGAUGCUUUUGGAAUAAUCGUUUCAUAUGCUGUCAAAGUCAAGCUUUUCCUUGGUGCCCUUGGUGGUGAACUUGCUGCUGAAUUACCGUUCGUCUUGAUGCACCCAAAACCAGGAGUCAAAUCAAAACUUAUCAGUGCAGAUUCUCAGGCUGAAGUUGAGACUUUCCGCCAAGAAACAAUCGACCAAGAAGAUGAAGAUUAAGAUUAAGGUAAUUUGUUGUCUACAAAAUAUUCCCAUCAGCUAUCAAACAAUUUAAAUGUUUUGUAACAUACAUAAAUAAUAAUAAAAGCAAUAAAAAAACCAAAUUCCUUAUUUUUCAUUGAUAUUUUCAUUUUAUUUAUUUUAUAAAAUGUAUAAAUGUUUAAUUUUAUUAUUUUAUCAUCAUUACACAUAAUAUGACUUCCAAGACAAAAAAAAAAUCUAUAUUCAAUGGGGAAAAACGACUUUCUCCUAUUUCUAAAAAUUUGUCUUACUUUCUUUAUUAAUAAAGUAUUCAAGUAUGAAUAAUGGAAGUGUUUAAAUUUAACUCGGUUGAUUAUUUUCUUUCAGUUAAGUUAUUGUUUUGUAAGUAGGUAAUAUUAUGGGAUUAAUUACGAGAAGCAAUAAAAUUCACCGAAGUUGGUAGAAAAUAAAAGCAAGCCAAAAGUAGAAACGACUCAUGGACGAUGUCAUUUAUGUAUCAUCACAAUCGUAAUUUAUUUUUUACACAUAUUGUUCGUUCUUAAUAUUUAGAAAAGGAGAUUUUCUGUCGUCAACAAAGUUAAUCAGCUAAUGAAUGAAUAGCGAAUGUAUGCGUGCAUUUUUAUAUUUAUUUUACUAUAGCUAACGAUCGAAUAUCAAAAAAGAACUUAUUUUAAUCGAUACAAAAUCUAUUUGUAUAAGAAUUCAAUUAAAAACAGUACACAACUUACUUGCGAUUAAAGUGUUUGAAAAAAUUGAACUAAAGAAAUCUCAAUAAAAAUUUACGAAAUGUUAAUUAUGUGGUGCAAUGUUAAAUGGGUCCGACACAUCAAAUUUCUUUCUUCCCAUUAAUUUAAUUAUUUCAUUUUUUAUCACAUUGCGUUGAUUUAAAAGUUACCUAUCAGAAAAAAACAGUAACGGGAAGGAAAUUAAGAUGAAAAUUUUUGCGACAAACAUUUGUGACGUGGAGAAGAUGAUUAGAAACUCUCAAUUACAAUUUUUUAAUAGAUUAUUUAGAUAUUUUGUCUUCUUUGCGUACGGUAUAAAUUCAUUUGAUGUAUUACGGUGAUAAGUAGGCCAGAUGUUAAGAGAAUUUUUUUUCUUUAUCUUCUUGAAAGAAUUCUUCAAACCAAAUUUACAACAUUUUUCCUAAAUAUUGAAACAUGUAACCACAUU